AUGCCCACGAAGGAGUACAUACAGCUUCUACAGAGGUUGUAUGUGUACUUGAAGCGCAACAGCGGCCGAAACGUGCCCCACGGCAUCUCGCAAAUCACGCUCAUCGACGAUGAUGACCUGACGAGGUGGUUCGUGCAGCUGCUCUACAAGGAUGAGAACAACGCCGACUUCUACGUGUCGCUCGAGCUCGUCUUCAACGAAGAUGUCGACAGCGAGGAUAGCGUUGCAGGAGGUGCAUGGGGUGUAAGCGCGGGCGUCGGUGGUGCGGGAUCGCGGCAUCGGCGUCCUUCACGACACAUGGAGCCGAGCGCGUCGGCAACGACGCUAGCCGCCGCUGAUGCAGCGCCACAAUCUGCUGCCGCAACAUCGUCACCACAUGUCCAUCGGCACGACACAACGGCAACGAGCUCGCCAGCACCACCAACGCAGCCAUCUUCCUCGCUCACCUCUUCCGGUGCAGGAGAUAAGGUGCGAGCGACCGCAGAGCGCGUUGGGGGCCGCGAGGUGGCCCCACGUGCAGUGGCCAGUUCUCGAGACGGCAGCAACGGCGCGCGCACCAGUGACCGAAGCACGCAGCAGCAGCAGCAGCAGCAGCAGAGCGACGACGAUGCCAACAGCGUGCCCACCGCCACCACCCCGCAGCCGUACAACGACUUCCAAUGUCGCCUCGUGGCCCUCGGCGAGGCGAGGCGGCCGCCGUUGACGUCCGAGGGGCACAUGGCGCUACCCGAGAAUGCCGAUGGCGCCGGCGUGGCAGUUCCUCAGGUCAACGACCCGUCACAGCCUCUGGCGAGGCCGCAGACGAGUGCCUUCGCGUCCCCUCCUCCUCCCACUGCCGCUACGGGCGGCAGUCGUCGUCGUGCACGCAUGCCGCUCGUCUUCGUCGUGGCGCCGCGUCUCAUCGCGUCUUUCAUCCACCACGGCGCCCUCUGCUCCCUCGAGCUCAUGUCCCAGGACUGGGAACUGACACCGGAGAACAUGGUGCUACUGCUGAUCGCACUUUUCGAGACACUCAACCCCUUCGCCGGCGACGGCCGCGUGUCCGUUGAUGACGCGGAGCGGAUGGAGCACCUCCGCGAGACUGUCGCGGCGUGGGGUGUCGAUGGCGGUGGCUCAUCAGCGCUUGCAGCCGCGUACUCGGAGGAAGAGCAUCAGCUCGGCAUGGAGUACAUCCGGCGCGCGCAUCCGCACCUGUUCCGUCGCUAUGUAGGUCCUCUCUCCGAGUCUGCGAGUGCCGCGCGCGACGGCAUGCCGUCUCUGCCCGUCUCCUCGGAGUCGAGGGGCGGCCUCAGCGCCUCCGCGAACCCCAACAUUGCAGCCGCAGCGGCUACCGGCGGCGGCAUGGUGCAACGAAAUCACCGCGACAUGUACUUCGACAGCGGGAGCGCCGUCACCGCCACCGGGUCCGACUCAGUCAGGCCCUCAGCCUCGCCGCACAGUGCGCAGACCGCCACCACGACGCCGUCGCUCAUGGGAUUCGGGACCGGACACGGUCGUGGUAGCAGCGGCGCACUGGCGCCGCACGUGUUGCGUGACGUGUCGCAUCUUAACACCGCCGUGUACGACGCGCUCGUGGCCACCUAUGCUCCCCCAUCGGAGCCGUCGCCGGUGUCCCCGCCGCCUCCGCUCUGCCCCACGCUGGGACAGCAGCAACCACGCCCAACAGCAGCGACAGCCAAGCCGGUCGUAAUGCUGCUCGACUCACCCGCCCUCCUCGCGGACGCGGAAGGUGUGCGACUGUUCCAGUCCGGUGUGCGGGGGGUGCAGCAGGCCGUCGUCUCGACCACCGCCGCGGGGGAGGACAAGUACAGCGCGGCGGACAGCACGACACCCGAUACACCUGCUGACAGAGACCGCGUUGGUGCUAGCCCGAAGUACAGUGGCAGUGCGUUCCCGUCGUUGCCUGCUCCGCUACAGCAGCGCACCCCGUCGACAAGGACAGCGACCCCACCGCCGUCGUCGUCGGCUUCGACGUCGGUCUUCGCGCCUGUCAUGAACGCCGAGCGGGUGUUGCGUGCGCGUCCGCCGGCACUGUGGCAUGUCGCCUACGCGCCCACACACCCGCACACGGCGGCGAGCUGUGGGAAAGUGCAGCUGCUGCAGCAACGCGUCGCCGAGCUGUGGAUUCCAUUCACGCUACUGCCGCCGCCACCCUCCAUCAGCGGGUCUUCGACGGCAGUGAGCGGCAUUCCAGCCACGUCGAGUGCGGAAGAGUCUCAGGUCACGCAGGUGCUGCGGCUCGCAGAGGCGGGCGUGUCAUGCGAGCGCGGUGCCGCCGACAGCGCAGCGGCGCCCCUCCCUCUCGAGGUCCACCUCAUUGGCGACGCCGGCGACAACGUUCAAGAAGCGCGGGUGGCCUGCGUGCUGCGCAACGUGCGGGUCUCCGCCACCGCGGCUCGAAAGUUCAGCAGCACCGUCAACCCUCUCCUGAACGCCAGCAACGGCGGCAGCCCCUCGACGACGCAACGAACAUCGCUUCGCUUUUCGCUGCAGUCGUCAACGGCACCGUCCCCGGCGGGCGACGUCCACACGUGCCACCUGCCCCGUGGCCUCACGCUGCACUGCCGCAACAUGUACCUUUACGGCCACCUCCGUGUCUUUGGCAACCUCGUGCUCGACAGCUGCGUCUUCGUCGGCUCCCUGACCACGGAGGAGCUGGCGAGCGUGCAGGUGUCGCGCUCUCACUUGGCGCUGAUGCCGGAUGAUCGACUGCUGCUCCGGCAGCCGCCAUACCGCAGGGGGCCGUCCGACCGUUGUCGUGGUGCUGGACGUGGCGCGCCACGUCAGCGCGCCUCCUCCACAGCCUCUCCAGGCGCCGCCGAUGCGGCGAGGCCGCCGCCACCGCCACCGCCACCGCCUCCGGCCCUCUUCUACGCGCAACGCAAGGAGUGCGUGCUCGUACUGGACUCCUCUCGGGUUGAAAUGUCGGAAGACACGCACGUCUACCGGCUGAUGCCCAACUUUCACGCGGCAGCAGCUGCGGCGGCGACGCGUGGGUGGCAACGCAGCACUCAAGAGGCGGAGACUGAGAAGCGCAGCGGCGAGCCCAGCAGUGCGAGCUGUGACCGCGACGAGGAUGAGGGCAGCGAUGAAGUCGCUAGCGUCCGCGACAACGGAGAGGACAGUGGAGAUGAAGGAAAAGCAGCGGCAGCAGCCGUCGCACCGUCUCUUGCAGCCAUGAUGGCAGUCCUGCGCUCGCUGAUACUCGUGUCUAAUCAAGCCCGCCUGCGGCUUGUCCGCUGCACCAUCCACCCCGGCCGCAACACGGAGCGCACCGUCUUUGCCGAGCAGAACGCCAUUGUCGACAUGGCGCACUGCACCGUCACGGCCGCCAUCUCCAGCGCCGUCAGCGUGCAAGGUUGCCGUGCUUACCUGGAGCACUGCUUCUUCGAAGGCAGCCCAACGACCACCGCCGCGGCAACGAGUGCCGUGCUGUCCGCGGAAGCAGCAGCACAAGAGGCUGUGGCUGACGGCGUGGGCACCGAAAGUGAUCAUGACACCGCCAGUGACCGCAGUGAAAUACAGCAGCAGCCACCACCUCCCAUACACGUCAACGACACGACGCGCUGCACCGGCCUCAACGUCGAGCUCGGCGGCACCCUCACCGCCCGCUACUGCGCGGCGCGGCAUCUCUACUUUGCCUUCUGCGUUAUCGCGCACUCGGUUGCCCACUUCUAUCGCUGCCACGCCGAGGACGUCGUGAACGGCUUCACUGUCGACGCCUCCGCGGCCACGCUGGACGGCUGCUCGGCGGACACGAACCACGUCGGCGCCUUCGUGCUGCGAAAAGCAAAAUGCAUUCUGACGGACGACAGCGGUGGCAGCUUCCCACGGCGGUGCACCCUGCUCGGCGAGGCGCACGAGACGGCAUGCCGCGCUGUGACGGAGGCGUUGCGGCAGCAGCACCAAGAGACGAGAGGAGGCGGUGUGGGGCCGCCGGCCAUCACAGAGACGGAGUCCUUGUGGACCUCUGCGGCAGCCGUCGCGGAGCGCACCGCUCGUGUCGCGCUUCUCGCUCGGCGUCACUAUGCAGAGCAGCUCCCUCGCUCCGACACGCUGAGCGACGCGGCGCCAGUGACCACCACGGCAACCCACGCCCCGCACCGUCGCUCGCAGACUGCGAUCGGGAUGUCCUCGCCGCAGCAGACGCUCGGCUUCUUCGGUGGUCGGUUCAGCCUCGAAGUGCGCGACGCCGCGCUCAAGGCAACCGGUGUGAUGCUGAUGAACGCGCACGACACCUCCGUCUACGCCUACGAGAACAGUGCGGUAGAGCUGGAGGAAUGCGUCUUGUGGUCGACGGCAGAGGCCGAAGAGGCCGCCAGUGCGGCGGCCGCGACAGUGGCAGCCGCCCUCGGGUCCGCGGAGUCGUCGGCCGCGGCUGCCUCGGCGGCUGCGCUGAAGCUGACGGGUCGCCGCGCGUUGACCGGCGCGGACGGCACCUUUGACGGUCAGCUUCGGUCGGGGUCGCCGCGGCAGCGCUCCUGUGGUGUCAAGGUCGUGCACGCCAGCCUCAAGGCUCGGCGGUGUCUCAUGGCGGGCUACAGCUUCGGCCUUGCGGCCAUCCAGUCGGCGCAGGCAGAGCUGCAAGAGUGCCUGGUAGUGAACGCCAUCAACGGCUACACGAUCGACCACUCGCAAUGCCGACUACGACACUGCGGCGCGGACACGUCCCACGUGGGCCUCUUCGCCCUGAACGGCUCUCGCGUGGAGGCCGAGAGCACGCCGCACGUGGUCGGCGUCAGCUCCUGCGGACGCACACCGCCGCCGCUGAUCUGCGGCGGCGUUCCGGCAGUCUUCUGUGGCGACGUCUACGGCGUGGAAAUCCAGUCAAGCGAGGUAGAGUGCACCGGCAUCACCGUGCUGCGCGGCCGCGACAGCGGCUUCAACGCGUACAACGGCAGCACCCUGCGGCUGAGCAAGUGCCUCGUGGACAUGUCCCCCACGGAUGCGGCCAGCUAUGUGUUCCGUCGGCCCAGCAGCGGCGGUGCGGCCGGGGUAGCAGCCGCAGUGGGAGAAGUGCAUGCGAAAAGGCACGGCAGCUCGACGAACAAGGGCGAUGCGGCGGGUAUGGCUGGCCUAUGGAUUCACCACCUCCACCUCGACGUCAGCGACGCUGUCCAUGCGCACAGCCGCAAUCGACUCCUCGCGGAACAGCAAGGCGACACAGUGCCCCACCGCGACGAAGGCGGCGAGGACGGAAGGGGGAAGGCCAUGCGCGCCGCUGCUCCGGCGGCUACCACAACCCCGACGACCGCCACCCCGCCAUUGGCACCGUCGUCCGCGGGUCGUGUCGCACCAGCCGUGCGUACCUCAGGAGUGAAGGUGUGGUCUGGCAGCCAGUGCCACGCGCAGGACACCGAAGUGCGCUGCGUCACGUUCGGGUUUGCCUCCCUCGGUCCGGAGACUCUACUGGAUGCACACCACUGCACGGCCAAGCACGUCGUCAACGGCUUCACCUCCGACGGCGGUGCGCUGCAGCUGACCAAGUGCAGCGCCAGCAGCAACCACGUCGGUGUGUAUGUUCUAUCCCACGCGCGCUGCGUCGUGCGGCGUGGCAGCUACACGGCGAAGAAGUACGGAAUAGAGUGCCGCAGCGGUGUGCUGUCGCUGCAGGGCCACGUGAAGAUCUACGGCUUCUCGCGCAUCGGCAUGUACCUGUACGACGGGGCGCACUGCGAGGCCGAUUCGGACUGCGUGCUAGAUAUUCACGCACUGAAGCACGCCUCGCCGGGGUCGUCGGCGGACGUCACUCCUGCUGUCGUGCCAGCGGCAGGCAGUGGCAUCCGCUCACCAAGCCUCCUUCAGCUGUCGAAGACGCAGCAGCCGCAACCACCGAUGUCCACGGCGUCGACUACGUCACUGUGCAGCCCCGAGGACGCGGUGAACGUAUCGGACCUGCUACCCGCCUGUAUCGCCCUCGACGAGGCAACGGCGCACCUGCCGCAGGCGGUGCUCGGUGGUGGCGCUCGCUGCGGCGUCACCUGCGGCGACGGUGCGACGGGCUUCAUUGGCAAGUGCAUCGUGUAUGACUGCAGCCUGGUCGGCGUGAACGUCUUCUACGGCGCACACCUGACGCUCGCCAACGCGCUUCUCCGCUGCGCGCAGCAGUACGCAGUGGUGGUGCACGUCGGAGGCGUGUGCCGUAUCAUCCAAAACGCCGAAGGUGACGAGACGGGCGACGAUGACGACGGCCUUGCCGUGGACAGCACCGAUGAAGGGGUGGAUCGCGGGGCAAGAGGUAGCGGCGGACUGGGGAGCAUUCUGCGGAGACAUGGCCCCGGCGCCGCGGCGUCCGCGGCGGUACGGCGCUUGCGGCGUCUGGCUUCGCACAUCGUAGCAGUCCCGUGGCGUGUGGCCCACCAGUGGGCAGGGCGACGUGAUCCGGACGACGGAGCAGCAGCAGCCGAGUCCGUUGCGGAAGACAGUAGCGGCUGUGGUGCAGUGCUCAGCGGUGCGAGAGCGCGAUCGCUCGCGACAGGAUCGAUGCCCGGCGCCCCACCAACACCGCGACACCCCCCGUCGCGCGUUGCUGAUAAAGUGCAGCACCUCUCGUCUGAUACCUCGUCGCGCUGGCGCGGCGAGACGAGGUCAGCCGUCUCACCCAGCUCCGCCACGGCAGCCACAGCGUCGCUGGUCGCCAUCGGCGGCGGUGGCGGUGCAAUUCUGGUGAGAGACGACGAUGACGAGGUCGGCGGCCGCCGCACCCUGCCGCUGACAAGUGCCCUCCGGCGCCGCUUGAAGUGGCUUUGCUGGAAGACAUACCUUGGUGCUCCGUUGCCCUUCCGACUGAGCACAUUGACGAUGCCCGUUGCCACGGUGGGCGCGAACGGCACCGGGCCGGAGCCUGGCAGCACGGCGGCCGGCGUAGCGGAAUGUCAGUCCUUUUCACUGUCGCCUUCCGCCAGUGGCGCUGCCGCGCCUACGUCAGGUGCACCAGCGAUCACCUCUGUCUUUCCGCCCGUCCGCCCGACCAUCUGCGGCAGCUGCGUGGUGCGCGGAACGUGCACGAUGGAGCGCGUCGUGCUGCGGCCCACGAAUCAUCUCCCGCGGCUCUUCGCCGAGUGCAGCCGCGCCGACCGUGCGCGAAAUAGCGGGAAGGAGCACGACGACGAAGCGACGACGGCGACAGCGACAGACGACGAGGAUGGGGCGAUGGACACGGCGAGGGACAGCGCUGGCAACGUAGCCGCACUGAGACCGCGACGCAGCCCGUGGCCGGGGCAGGAGGUAUGCAACUCGCCAGCGCAGCACCGUCACACAGACAGCAACAACUCAGCUGACGACACGACCUCGACUGGGGAACAGGGCGGCGACAGUGCGUAUGCCUCUCCGCUCCUCACGACCGCCGCCACCAUCAAGACAUCCUUGGCGGCCGGUCACGCCGUCGCCGCUGCUUCUGCCAGAGCCGCAGACGGCUGGGCAGCCCUCCCCUCGGCGUGCGUCCUGCACCACCUGGUGCGGCAGCCGCCUGGUGUACACGUUUGCCAGCAAGGUGUGCUGAACCUCACGGACUGCAUCGUGGACGCCUCGCUCUCCCCACAACCGUACCUCGGCGCUCGACACGCCGGGCAGAUCGUCUCAGCGGUCGUGGCGUGUGAAGGGCCGUACGCGAAGCUUCACUGCGAUUACGUGCGUGUCGUGCGCGGCGAGAGCGGCGACGAGGAUGGCCGCACCGCCAUCGAAGGAGGCGAUGGCGGUGCCUCCAGCGCCCCUCGCCCAGUGACAUUCCCCGCCCUCACCCGCUCCUCGGCCCUCCCUGCGCUCUCCCCCGACGCAGCCCCUCCUCUCUUAGCCGCCGCUGACGUUGCCACUGUCCCGCUGCUGCUUGUCUCGCUCGUGGACGGGGCACAGUGCACGCUGCACAUGGUGGGCGCAUCACUGGAUGAUUGGCCUUACGGCGCCUACAGUGCUGAAUCGAUCAACCACGACGGCAACGUCUGCAGCGACCCCAUGACGGGUGCGGAGAAGGAAGAUGCUGGCAACCCGCUGGGCUUCGCUGGCCGCGGUGGAGCGGCAGCGGCGCAGCUAUCACCUGCUCGUCUCAUUUCGGCACGCAACGCUGGCGUGAUGCUGCGCACCACCGGCGACACGCUCGCUGAGGUCACCUACGCAAGCAUUGCCGGCAUCGUCGCGUCGCAGCGAUCGCAGGUGUGGCUGGCGCACUGCACCGUGACGGGAACGGUGCCCAUCAUACUCGGCAGUGGCAGCUAUUCUUCCCUGACGUGCUGCCGUGUUGUUGGCGGCGCGCGGGCCGGCCCCGCUGCAGCUGCGAUCCGAGUCGAGGACGAUGGCGACUUGACCCUCAUCCGCUCGUCGGUGUGGACGCUGUCUCAGGGGCUGGCGGUGGAGUGCGUGGACUCUGGGUGCGUGCAUGCGGUUGACAGCGAGGAACUGACGCUGGGAAGGGUGGCGGGAUCAGCAGAUGGGCACGGCGACUGUGAAGAGGCAAUCGACGGUGCCGUCAGACAACCAUGA